CCACUCCAUUGUCUUUCAGUUGACAGCGUUGUUAAAGAGCCUAUGAGCGAAAGCGUGCAACUCUGCAGCCUCGUUGAUAACGCCCCUUUUAUCUUUGGCUGGCACUGGGGGAAAGUCUUUUAGAUGCUUAUUUAAAGCCUGUAUUCGGGGGACUGGAGUAACGCCCAAGCCCAGCAAGCUUUCCCGCUAUGUGUUAUGGAGGCGACGGUGAGCCAGGUGAAUGAAUUCUCCGGGUGGACGAGGCAGAAAGAAGAAGGGCUCGGCCUGCACCAGCACCGCACCGGAAGGCGACGCCCCCGAUCAGGUGUCGCUCCAUAAGCGGAAUUUGUUCUACUUCUCCUACCCACUCCUGGCGGUGUUUGCGCUCUUCCGAAUCCUCGCGCUGUACUUGGGCAUCCUGUUCGCCUGGGUUUGCGAGCGGCUCUCCAGAGCCAUGGCGGCCAGUGCAAAGCGCCCCGAGGAGUCGGACGUCGGGAGCAAGGAGUACGAGGACAGCGGCGAGCUGAUCCGCAGCCACCACAAGCAGGCCUUUGAGUACAUUUCCGUGGCACUGAGGAUCGACGAGGAUGAUAAAGGUCACAAAGAGCAGGCAGUCCAGUGGUACAAGAAAGGGAUCUCAGAACUGGAGAAAGGCAUUGCCAUAGACAUCAUGGGACAAGGGGAGAAAUGUGAGCGAGCGAAGCGUCUGCAAGCCAAGAUGAUCACCAAUCUGAUAAUGGCCAAGGAUCGACUGGAGCUUUUGGCAAAGGUACCCUCAGGCUCAGCUCAGAGGGACAUCUAUACAGAAAGCACAAACCAGUGCUACCAAAACGGCCAUCUGCGUUCAGUGAGCGGGGCGGUGCCCAAAAAGAGGGAUCCUCUGACACACUCCAGCCACUCCCUGCCCCGGGCGAAACACGCCCAUAAGACCCCCUCCACCGGACCCCAGGGGCAGCAGCGCUCCCCAAGCUACAGCGGGAUCCCCACCUCCACCGCCAGACCCGCCCCCCAAACCGGCAGCAGCAACAAGGGCUCCGCCAAACCUGGCAACCGACAGAACGGCAAGCCCACGACGCCCACGGGGACACCGCUGAAGAAGAGGGACAUGAAGAACCUCAAGAACGUGGACAGCAAGCUGGCCAACCUCAUCCUGAACGAGAUCGUGGACAGCGGGUCGACGGUGCGGUUCGAGGACGUGGCGGGACAGGACCUGGCCAAACAGGCCCUGCAAGAGAUCGUCAUCCUCCCUGCCCUCAGACCGGAGCUGUUUACAGGUCUCCGGGCGCCCGCCAGGGGCCUUCUCCUCUUUGGCCCCCCGGGGAACGGGAAGACCAUGUUGGCCAAGGCUGUCGCCGCGGAGUCCAACGCCACCUUCUUCAACAUCAGCGCGGCCAGCCUGACGUCCAAAUACGUCGGUGAAGGGGAGAAGCUGGUGAGGGCGCUGUUCGCCGUGGCCAGAGAACUGAAACCCUCCAUCAUAUUUAUUGACGAAAUCGACAGCCUCCUGUGCGAGAGGAGAGAGGGGGAGCACGACGCCAGCCGUCGGCUAAAAACCGAAUUCCUGAUCGAGUUUGACGGGGUCCAAUCGGGAGGGGAUGACAGGGUGCUGGUGAUGGGAGCCACCAACCGGCCGCAGGAGCUGGACGAAGCCGUGCUCAGGCGAUUUGCAAAACGGGUGUAUGUGGCUCUACCAACAGAAGAGACACGAUACAAGCUGCUGAGAAACCUCUUGGGGAAGCAUGGGAACCCGCUGAGCCAGAAAGACCUGGCCAAACUCGCCAGAAUGACAGAGGGAUACUCCGGAAGUGACCUGACCUCAUUGGCUAAAGAUGCAGCUCUCGGGCCAAUCAGAGAGCUCAAACCAGAGCAGGUGAAGAACAUGGCGGCGAAUGAGGUGCGGAAUAUCAAGUUCUGCGAUUUCGAGGAGUCGCUGAAGAAGAUCAAGCGCAGCGUCAGCCCUCAGACCCUCGAGCUGUACGCGCGCUGGAACAAAGAGUACGGGGACACCACCGCUGUGUGAGACGGCGCCCCCCGCUGGCCUGGAGGCUCACCGACUGACUGGACUGUGAGGGGGGGGGGGGGAAAGGACAGCAAAACAAGACGAGAAGAUUGAGAAUUCUCUUCUCUUUUGAGGGGUUGUUUUUCUUUUAUUUUCCUUCAAAGAAGAACAAAAAGCAUACACAGACCGCGCAACGAUAGCUUGGAAGCAAAUUAUUUUCUUGCUGCUGAGAUCUUGCACUAAUAGGGUUCCAGUGCACAGAGCGAGCUCCGCCAUUCGUGGAAGGCCCGCCGUGAGGUGAUCAGUCUCUGAUUCACUGCCACAAACCUCUGACAUUUGUGGCAAAGGAACUACGGAUGUAGAAAAACAAAGUUUUCGUCUCCUCGCAUCUUCCCUUUCUGCAGGGUCUCUUUCUCCAGAGGUACUAGCGCUGAUUAAAUCUCACCCUUUUUGUGUACUGUUUACAGCUACUGCUUGAAUGUAGUGCCACAUUUCCUACACAACAGUGCAGUCAGUCCCAGCGUGUCUAAUUAUUUAGAACGGUUACUAGUCUUACUUGCAUUUUAUUGUCUGACAAAACAAACAGGAAGUUGUUGUUCUUUGUCGAAUUAGAUCGUGAAGUUCUGGUUACAAAGUGUGCCUUUGUUGACAUAGAAGGACCCGUAAUUAGAUUUUUUUCCCCCCUUUAUUGACUUGGCGAUGUAAUAAGCUCCCAUCGCCCCGCCUCUGAACUGCCCGAGUGAGGUCGCGAAUCUGAUUCUCCACCAGCGCAGAUCCGACAGUGCCAACGGAAGCGGAUUCAUUUAUAUUCGGUCGACUCGGCGGACGGAUCGUUAAGACGCGUUCAGAAAAUGAACGCUGACGUCCUCUCGAGGUGAACAGCAUGUGUGAUGACGCGUGAAGACGCAAUGUCGGUAGUGAACAAAGUUUAGAAUAGCCUUAGCAUGUAGCUUCGUUUUCUCCCAUGAAUACGCCUCAGUAAAAACGGCUUUCCCCUGCAUGGCUGUGGUCUGUAAGGACCUGUGCCUUACCCUGGAGAGGAAAAAAUGCCUUUCCUCAAUGAUGUCCUAA